AUGCUCCAUUUAGAUGAAGCGUUUGCUGGUCAUAUAGACGCAAUCCAAGGCCAGCUGCAGAAGCUCGACAGGACGGUUGGCGACCUGUCGCAGGUCCAGAACUCGGCAGUCGUCAACACCGAGCAAUUCAGUCGGAUCCUUUAUGGAUUGUACGUAGUGACAGCUGCAGUCAAGUUUCCGCAAGCGCCCGAUUCUUUGGCACUCAAACAGGCAACGGAACCCUCCGCAAAGACAGCUCUGGUGCCUACGCAAGCUACUUUACCUCCGCAACCCAGGGUCGAGACUCCAAGAUACAAACCAAUGUCACCUCAAGAAUCUAUAAUGCGGUUCUCAUCUACAACUCGGAUCCAAAAGCCUACACCAAUUAAAACAAUGCGCAGCUUUUAUAUGCCUGUUACAACAAAUUAUCGUGGCUGA